CUCGCCUAUUACAUCCCGCUGCCGUUCAGUUUCUUGUCCAGGAAUUACGUGGAGGCGGCCAUCAUGAACACGCACGACGCUCGGCCGUGCGGAUACUGCCGUCACGACCCGAAACGCUGGAAGCAACGGAGCCCGUCGCGCAAGCGGCCCUGUCUCCAACGCCAGCAGCCGCGUCGCGGCUCGCGGCGCUUCCGUCCGAGCGAGCGGAACGUGACGCUGGAUUCGCGCGACUCCGUCGCGGGCGAAAACGCGACGCUGGAAGAGGGAUUCGCCCAGGAACUCAGCUUCGAACGAGAUUCGACCGAAUUCGCGAGCGAAAACGCGUCGCAGCGUUUCGAUGAUCGCGAAUUUGAAGACCAUCAGCAUCGGCAUGAAAAUCGGAGUUCUCGAAAUCCCGAAGAUUAUCGUCGCGACCGCGAUUACGACGGCCUGGAUGAUCUGGAGCCCAACGAUGAUUAUCAUCACCGUGGUCUCGAUCGCAAUAACAGCCUCGAUUUCAGUCGUGAAAAAGAUAUGCCAACUCACCAUCAUUGGGGACAAUGGGGUCAUUGGGGCCACAGGGAUUUCAAUCAGAGUUCUGACGAUAGUCAGAGCUUAGAACGAGAGACCGAGAACGUGGAUCGCCUGCCAAGUAGCGAGCACGGCAACGAACAGACGAAAGCCCACCACCGAGGCCCACCGCCACAGAGUGAAACCGACCCGGAAUCCUCGACCGUACGAAUACGGCCCACAACCGCCACCGAACCGCCAUCAAACCAUCGCUUCCACCGCACUCGCCCUCCCCCUUUCCACCCCGAAGCCGCCGACUCCACUGAUCCGUUCCGGCCCACGCGGAAACCCUACCACCGCGAAUUUCCCAGACGCGGCUACAACUAUGAACCGUCUCGCUUCGAUCGCAACAACCGCCUCCACCACGAGCACCUCCUUCACCACCUCCACCACCUCCUCCAAGGCGGUCCCACCCAUCCUCCAGAACUUCAAUCUUCCCCCGGCACCUCGGCCGAUCGAGAGCCUAGUCUGGAGCCCAGUCUGGAGCCCAGUCGGAGGCCCUUUCACCCAACCGUCGAACCAGCAUCCACGGAGAAUGUUGGAGAACUCAAUGAGAAGGAAACGGCGACAGUGCCGUACGUCACUAUUCCCUCUCUCUACGAGGAAGAGAGCCCAGUCCAGCGACUCGAUUCUUCCCUGUUUCAACGAGGUCUCGACCAAGAUCAAGCAGAUCGAGACCAAACAGAUCGAAAUCAAACAGAUCGAGUCGAAGAUUCCAGCAAGGCGGGGACCGACGUCCAUUCUCGUCGCUGGCGGUACGACCACGGCUCCAAGGCCGGGAACGGCACGGGUUCGGCGGCGGAUCUCUCGUGGUCGGAGUUCAGAAAGAACAUGUCGUCGGCACUGCAGAUGAUGUGGAGGAGGAUCGAGGCUUCUCGGGAUCGGAAGCCGGACCACGUCGACGAAUGAGGCGUCAAGCGCAGCAAGCAUUGCGAUAGACUCUAUCGCAAGUACAAGUGCUGCGAUGCCAUCGUCGAGAAAAUUCCCCUCCCGCCCUCCUGCCCCGACUUCCCCGCCACCUACCGAGCCUGCCCGGACCUACUGAGGAAGAUGCAUCUGGAAUGCAAUUACGUCCCCACCGGCAUCCUCUCGUUCCCGGGCCCUUGCGCCUUCCCCGAGCCCCGCCAUUGCAUCCUCCUCUGGCAGCUGGGAUUCCGAGAGGAGACCUGCUGCUCCAGACAACUCAGUUGCGCCUUGACGGAGCUCCAGGAAGGAGAGGCCCGUGUCCUUUGCCCUCAAAAUCAGACCCUCGUCCUUCGUCAGGUCUUGGACCAUCUGCGCUUCUCGGUCUUCCCCCUUCUGAGCCCCGACGAUCCCCAAAAGUUCUGUCCGAGUCUCUGACAGUCAGAGCAACCCUGACGGGAACUCUGACAAU